CCGGACCGCAUUUUUACGAUCGCCUUUUCAUUGCUCUUCUCGACAACCGCUAAUUUAAUCAGCGGCUCGAUCUUGAACCUGAUCGGUAGUGGACCUUGAACGUGACUCGGAUCGCGGGAAACCGCGUGUCAAUGCGGCAUGCCAUCAUGUCAUAAAGCGCAGUCCCCAGUCUCUUAGAUCCCAACCCCCACCACCUUUUUCCAUUAUGAAAUUUGCCCUUCUUCCCCUUGCCGUCGUGAGCGCUGCGCUCGCCGCCAGCGCUAACCCUCUCCGUGUUGUUGUCGUUUCCAGCAGCAUAGAAACCGUCAACAGCGGCUCUGUAUCCGACAUCCCGACCAUUCAUCACCCCUCCGCUCACGUCCAGAACGGCGCUGCAGUCGUCAAGCAUGCUCCCUGUGCUGCCAGCCGAUUCCGCCAGAAAGCUAAGAGCAUGGCUGAGGCCUUCCGUCUCGCGCUGGGGCUCUCGUCGCCGCCCGGCGAUAAGGCCGUCCGUCCUCACUAUCACCAUCAUAUCCACAAGCUGAAUAAGGAGCCACAACUCGAGCACGUAGCUUUGCCUCCUCUUCCUUUGUUCAUCCCUUCGGGCUCCCAGCCUGACAGGAAUGCCGUCGUUCCCGUUCCCGCGCCUGUGAACGGGAAGCCGAUCCCUCAUGCCCACGCUCACAAAGAUGAGGAGCCCUCGUUCCUCAUCCGGGUGCACUUUGCACUCAUGUCGCUCGGACCUUGGGAGGGUCGUGCGGUUGCCUUUGUCCUUGGCUGUGGCAUCGGUGUCCUCCUGCGCAUGGUCUGGGUCCUCAUGAUUGUUUCUUACCGCCUGGUCAAGGGAUCCCGCUCGGAAGAGGAUGAGUACACCGUCAUCGAAUUCGACGCUGAAGAUCUCCUCGUUGCUCCCCCUCAGUACACCUUCCCUGUCGAGAAAGUCGCCGUGGCGGAGACCCAAGAAGAAGAAAGCAAAUUUAGGCCGUAUUUACCGGACUUUGGUUUGGCUAUCUUACCUCAACUUUCAAGCUCCUCCUUACUGGUUUGCCACCGACACACACUCGUUCAAAACGACAAAGUCUCGCCACCUGCACUCUUUGAUAUCUCGGCAAUCCAAUUCAAGAUGUACUUCGCUCCACUCGCCAUUCUCGCCAUUCUCUCCGCCUCUUGCCAAGUUUCAGCGUGCGAAGGGGAAUGCAUCAUAGCGGUGACCAAAGCUAUGGAUGUGAAUUAUAAAGGCGGGCCUGUGCUGUCUACGAUGUCCCACUUGUCCCAAAAGAUCGACAGCGAUCUCGGACUCGCCUGUCCCCCAAAGCAGAAGGCUGAAAUACUCGCUCCUAUCUUUCAAGAAUUCAGCAACUCAUCUUACGACGCGCUGGAGGCGGGCAUCUUCCCUGGUUUCUUCCAUGGCAAAUGUCAAGUCAACGGAGUCGACCCUAAAGGCUGCCCGAAUCCUGAUUGUCCAGUCGUGUGCGGGACACCUGGCUCCAUCGUGCACUUCUAUCAUAUUUUCCGUGACAUUUCCUUCAACACCACCCGCUCUUCGUUGCAAGCUGCCAUCAAUCCUCACUCGGCAUCCUUCCGCCAGUCGCUCGAGCGCGUCAACUCCUGUCUUCCUUCCAAGCGCAUUCGCGGCCGUGCGACGAUGACAUCUGGCGCUCUUGUGACUUACAUGAACAAUAAGCUGUCUGGGAUUCCUGCCCUGUUGCUCGAGUCCUGUGGAGGCAAAGGCCUUCCUGAUUGCUCUUGGGAGGAGGCUAUGAAGACUCUGCUCCUCAGCUUCCCUUGAUUUCCACUAUUUCCCCUUGUAUACCUGGCAUCGCUAUACCCACACUCUAUUCGUACACUCUGCAAUCCAUACCGCUGUAUCUGAGAAUAUCCCACAAGGAGUUUCCUAAACAAGCGACUGAGUGUCGAGGCGUUGUGUGGUGCUGUUUAGGACAGUGUUAUACCCAUCCAUCCAUGAGCCGCUAUACGGUAUACGAUGCCUCGAGUCUCGCUUCUCGAAAAUCAAAAUCGGCCUCCCAUCUGCCUUCUGAGCUAAGCCAGAUUGUCGACCCCAGAGGAAAUCGGAUUUAUCAGGACACCACGCGGAUUCCAAAGCUGCGAUCACUCGACUCAGACUAUCGGGACAGUGGUCAUGAGGAGAUCAGCAUCGAUGACAAAAACGCUUCUGCUGAAGAGACUUUAGGCAACCUGACAGAAGCCCCCCAGCGACUGAAGAAACGCCGUAAAUACAACCACGAUCCCGGCUUUCUAGGGACUAUCCCUGUCCUGUCGCUCAGCUCUGAAGACCGCGGAGGCUAUCUCGAUCCGCUGCCUUCUUCUGAUCUCUUGAAAAGUGUUCACCACUAUACCUGCGAGUAUUACUCCAAGCGGGGGCAGCUGUACAACGCCUCUCGUAGCUAUCGACAAUCUUUGAAGGAGCGUCGUAUGGCGGGAUCCACGGUCCGAGCGACGGCUAGCGGUCAGGAACCUCGAGAGGAGGAAGAGGAACCGGAACCGGAAGAGGAAGAGGAAGAUGAAGAAGAUGACGAUGAUGAAAUUUCCGGCAGCGAGGACGGGGACGACGGCCCGUUGGAAGAAACCCGGCCAGAGAAAGAUAUGUACAAAAGCAUGGAUGGAUCCGCCUUGCUGGCAUUAGGGAUGUUACUCGAGGAGCACGUCAAAAGCAUCUUGAUUGAGUCCAGAUCCAUCCCACACGAUCAUGCGGAACAGGAUGAGCCCUAAUAGACUAAGAUUGACCGAGACCUCGUUCAUCCUCGCGUAGACAAAAAUC